ACCGUGUCCGCCGGGUGAAGGGUAAGGUGUAGAUCGACCCUUCCACCACGAGGUCCUCAAAAUCUGAAGGGUAGUUUUGGAGGGUGGUGUUCUUUUCAUUUUCGCUGGGCUGGUUCACACAAGAAAAGCCUCGAAUUCCUCCGGGAGUCAUGGCGGCGUCCCGACGGCGCACGUCGGCGGAGUUCCAAGGGAAUGGCAGCCUAAUGCCGCCGUCGGCGAACGCGAUCGCUUCUCCCCGCGGCGGUGGCGCGCCCAGCCGGGAGGAGCACGCGAACGGCGGCGGCCCGGCGCUCAGCAGCGUACUCUCAGCCACCGAGGUCACCGGCAGGAGGCGGCCGGCGGGGCGCAUGCCACUAUGGCGACUCGGCAUGUUCGCCUCCCUCGCACUGAAUGCCGCCGCACUCGCGCUCCUACUCCCCCGGUACAUCGUCAGCCACCCGCACCAUCCCGGUGUCGUCUCUCUUGAUCAGCAACACCACGCCUGCGCCCCGCAGCCGGGCACCAGCGGCGCGGCUGCGAGUGCGCCAUCGACCGGGAAGCCGGCAGUGACUUCCAAUUCUGUUAUUCAUCUGGACCACGGGGACCCGACCAUGUUUGAGGCCUUCUGGAGGGAGACCGGCGACGCGGCGGAGCUCGUCGUUCCGGGGUGGCAAACGAUGUCCUACUUCUCGGACGUCAGUAACGUGUGCUGGUUCAUGGAGCCUGAUUUCGACCAGCAGGUGCGCCGCCUCCACCGCACGGUCGGCAACGCCGCCGUGGACGGCUACCACGUCCUCGUCGGCACCGGCUCCACGCAGCUCCUCAUGGCGGCGCUCUACGCCCUGUCGCCAGCGGAUGCCGUCCAGCCCACCAGCGUCGUCUCCACGGCGCCCUACUACUCGUGGUAUCCUGCCGUGACGGACUUCCUCCGGUCCGGGCUGUUCCGCUGGGCCGGCGACGCAAGCUCGUUCAUCGGCGACGCCUACAUCGAGCUGGUGUGCUCCCCGAACAACCCCGAUGGCGCCAUCCGCGACGCCGUGCUGGGCUCCGGUGGCUCCGGGAAGGCGGUCCAUGACCUUGCCUACUACUGGCCGCAGUACACCCCGAUCACUCGCCGGGCCGACCAUGACAUCAUGCUCUUCACCAUGUCCAAGAGCACCGGGCACGCCGGCACGAGGAUCGGGUGGGCAUUGGUGAAGGACCGGGAGGUGGCGCGGAGGAUGACCAAGUUCGUGGAGCUCAACACCGUCAGCGUGUCCAAGGACUCGCAGCUGCGCGCCGCCAAGGUGCUCAGGGCGGUCUCCGACGGGUACGACGGCGGCGCCUCGGCCUCGCGUCACCGGCUGUUCGACUUCGGGCGGCGCAAGAUGGCGGAGCGCUGGAGGAUGCUGCGCGAGGCCGCCGCCGCGUCCGGCAUCUUCAGCCUGCCCGAGGAGACCUCCGGCCGCUGCAACUUCGCCAACGAGACGGCCGCCAAUAACCCUGCGUUCGCGUGGCUGCGGUGCGACAGGGAGGACGUGGAGGAUUGCGCGGGGUUCCUCCGCGGCCACAAGAUCGUGACGAGGAGCGGGAACCAGUUCGGCGCGGGCCCGAGGUACGUCCGGGUCAGCAUGCUCGACAGGGACGACGCCUACGACAUCUUCAUCAGGCGCCUCGCCUCACUCAAAUGACAAAUCGAGACCGACGGCGGCGCGUGGAGGCUUCGCUCGUCGGGCUCCCUCGUUCGUCAUGCGUGCAUCGGGCGAAAUGAAAAAGUAGCAGUACCGGUUUCUGCCGGGUAGGUGGAUGCCGUUGGAUGUUUCCGAGAUUUGCACAACUCUGUGCCGUAGUCAACGUAGAUUCUACGCUCCGUUAUGUAUCAGUACAUCUUCCAUACCGUAUGAGCACGAUUGUGUACACGCACGUACACAAUGCGCGUCUGGCCCACAAAUUCAAUUCGCCAGCAGACAUUAAUGUACUCCCACUACAUCCCUAAACAAUCUUCUCCGGCUA